UGGGGAGAAAUCAAGGAGGACAUGCCAUCACAUCAAAGGAAACUUGGAGCUGAUCUGCCGACCGACAUAUCAGCUUACGUUGCCGCACUCGAUUGGCUCCGCCGAUUACCAUAUCGCGAGCAGAUUUCUUUCUCUCCCGGUGAUUCCUCCUCUCCUCCCGGCCGCGCGCCCCUCUAUAAAUUCCAGGCCCAUUCGCCGCGUAUCACACCCAUCGAUCUCAGCGGACGCAGAGCUUUGGAACGUGCGAUGGCGGCGGCGGGGCCGGUGGUGCUCCAGACGGACGUGCACUGCCUCGAGUGCGCCAGGAAGAUCAGGAACGCCGUCGGCAACCAGCUCGGGGUGGAGCGGGUGUGGGCGUCGCCGGACACGGGGCUGGUGGUGGUGGCGGGGACGGCGGACCCGGCGGCGCUCAGGCGCCGCAUCCGCCGCAAGAUGAGGAGGCCCGUCGCCAUCCUCAGCGACGGUUCGACGCCCUACGCGGGGCCGGGGCCAACCACGCCGCACUGGCACUACGGCACCGGCGACGCACCGCCCUCCUCAGUGCCGCCAUAUGGCUGGGGCACGGCGCCGCCGCCGCACGCCUACUACUCCUACCCUCCACCACCGCCGCCACCGCCCUCGCCGGCCGGGUACCCGUACGGCGGCUGGGCGUCCGAUCCGGACCCCUACGGUUACGGCACGCGCACCACGGUGCCCACGUGCUCCAUCCUGUGAUCGGUGCCGCCAGCCGGACGUUCGGCCGGCGGCGACGUGCGUGCACGCGUGCUGCAUGCAUGCGCGUCCGAGAUUAGGUCGAAGAGUUUUGAAUUAUUUUUUUUGAGAGAGCAACAGUUUUGAAUUGAAUCAGUCGAUUAGUCAUUUAUAAUGUUAGCCCAAAUGGAUCGAUGGACGAGUAGUCUGGAGUGGUAAUCUUUUUUGAAUGUACUGCUGCCUCUGCAACCAGCCGCCAUGAACCUACACAGUUGGCCUUUUGGGUUUCCGCGUUCGGGAUGAUACCAGUAUUUUUUUGGAUCAAUAAUAAAGCGUGGGUUUCGAUUACUUA